CGAGGUCAAACGUUCGCAUCGCCAAGACGAGCGCUUAAAACAGGUGGCCGGAGACGGCUAAGCGGAGCGUCAGGAGUGGGCAGCUCGAGCUACCUUCGCGCGGGAGCCCCUCGGCUUUAGGACCGCUCGGAGCGCUCCGCUCUGGAGGUAGUAUAAGCUUUGCAAUCUCUCUACUCGCGGUGGCAGUUGCAGAAGAUUGCUUUUAAGUGAAACGGCAGGGCCACCCCUCCUGCGCUUGCCUUCUCCCCCCUGCUUCCCCAAUUAAUCGAGCCCAGUCCUUAAGUUUGCGAGCUUCUCUUAGCCACGGCGAGAGCGAAGGGAGCGCCUGCCGCCGCGGUCUAUCUAAGGAGAACGGGCCAUCCAGAAGAAGGCAGACUCGGCGCCGACGGGGUGCAUGCCUCUUUCCCCCCCCCCACCCCCGAUGGACUUUUCUGACCGGAGCGCCGCGACGUUCCCGGGAAACCUCUUCGAUCCUGCCCGGCCCCAAAAAAGGAACUCCGCGGCGUCAAGGCUAACCGCGGGGAUUGAUGUCCCUCUUCGUCGGCGGCGGCAGCGAUCGGAAAUAAAAUGAAAGCUGGGGGGAUCCCGCAGCAGCACCACCAGCAGCAGCAGCAGCCACCGCGGGAGCAGCCACGCCACCUGGAGCUGCCGCGGCCGGCCGGCAACCAACCACCGCACCGCGCCUCCCCAUCAAAAGUUUGAUGCCAAGAAGUGAGCCCGGCACAAGAAAGGGCGAAGGCGGGGCUGGAGCGGGACCGCUAGAGGAAGCUGGCUAGACCCCGCCGCCGCCGCCGCCGCCGGUCUUCACCCUCUCCUGCGCUGCCCUAGUCUUCCCUCUGGUCCGAUCCCUGCCUGUUUCGCCACCCCCACCCCCGUUCGGGGAGGACUCCCGCCCCAUCGUCUGCCCGACCGGGCUGAUCUCCAAAGGGGCAGCGCCAGAGGAGUGGCUAAUCCAGGGGGCGCGCGAAAGAAGCGCGGCUCGCCCGCUCGCCCGGUGGCUCCAGCUGGGCUUCGGGCUUGGCUUUGCCACUCGCCAGCGGAAGUCUUUCGCCGCGGGCUGCAACUUUAUUGCCUAGGGGCGGGUGCGGCAAGGAGAGAAGGGACGGCCGAACACGCCGCCGUCUCACCCCGACACCGCCGCUGCUGGAAGGAAAGGAAGUCGGCUUAAGCCAGCGCUGCCAUCCAGAGUCCGGAGCAAAGGCGGUGGUUUGCUUCCGUGGCCUCGGCAAAGCGCAACGAGAAGGGUGCUGGUACCAGAAGAAAAGAAUGACUGAUGGCAAACAGACUGUAAACCAUCAUUUUGGUCCAUCAGCUGAUUCAUCACUUUGGCUGACUGUUCCUCAUGAUCUGGAAAAAAGGAGGAUCGCUAGGGAUUAUUGACGGUACAGCUGAGGCCUGGCAACACUGCUAAAUUGUUACCUGAUUUUGGACCUUAUUUGCCUACGUGAUUAAAAGUCCUGAAACACCUCAGAAUGUAACAAGCAUCCUUCACUUGGCUUUGAACGAUAUAUAUAUAUAUAUAUAAAAUAUGCUUGGAUUCCAUCAAAGUUUGCAAAAUUAAAAACACAGUUAUUGUAACUUAAGCUCCUCUCUCCUUUGGAACACAUUUUGCAAUAAGGUUGCCUCUCUCCCUAUAUAUUUAUGUAUAAUAAAGACUGCACUUAGUUCCAUAUUGGUGAUUGCUGUCAAGGCACUCAAAAGGAUAUAGAGAUGUAUUUGUCAAGAUUCCUGUCUCUCCAUGCCCUAUGGGUUACUGUGUCUUCGGUAAUGCAACAUUAUCCUUCAGUUUGGGGACAUUAUGAUGUGUGCAAAACACAGAUUUAUAUGGAUGAAGACAAGAUUUGGGAUUAUACUGCCUGUCAGCCUGAAGCCAUAGAUAUGAUGAAACACGUAAAAGUAAACCUGGAUCCAUCUAAUAUAACAUGUGGAAACCCACCAGAGACCUUCUGCGGAAUGGGGAAUCCCUACAUGUGCAAUGAGUGUGAUGCAACCAUUGACGAACUGGCACAUCCACCCGAACUGAUGUUUGAUGCUGAAGGAAGGCAUCCCUACACCUUUUGGCAGUCGACCACAUGGAAGGGUUACCCAAAGCCUCUCCAAGUGAACAUUACCUUGUAUUGGAACAAAACCAUCGAACUCACGGACAAUAUAGUUAUCACCUUUGAAUCUGGCCGCCCAGACCUAAUGAUCCUGGAGAAGUCCCUCGACUAUGGUCGGACAUGGCAGCCAUACCAAUAUUAUGCUACAGAUUGUCUAAAUGCUUUUAACAUGGAACCAAAAACAGUGAGGGAUUUAUCUCAACAGUCAGUCCUAGAAAUCAUUUGCACAGAAGAAUAUUCCACAGGGUACAUGGCAAACAGUAAAAUCCUCCACUUUGAGAUUAAGGAUAGAUUUGCAUUUUUUGCUGGGCCUCGGCUUCAUAAUAUGGCUUCUCUCUAUGGGCAGCUCGACACAACCAAGAACCUAAGAGAUUUCUUUACUGUCACAGACUUGAGGAUAAGACUGCUCAGGCCAGCAACUGGGGAAUUAUAUGUGGAUCCGCAGCAUUUGACACGCUACUUUUAUGCAAUCUCCGACAUAAAAGUAGUUGGAAGGUGCAAGUGUAAUCUUCAUGCCACUGGCUGCAGAGUUGAAAAUAAAAAAUUAUUAUGCGAGUGUGAACACAAUACCACAGGCCCAGACUGUGGGAAAUGUAAGAAGAAUUACCAGGGACGUCCUUGGACUCCAGGUUCCUAUCUGCCCAUUCCUAAAGGCACUGCAAAUAUCUGUAUGCCCAGUAUUUCCAGCAUUGGUACUCCUCCAAAGUAUGAUAAGAUAUGGCCGAAUAUAUCUUCCCUUGGGGUUUCUAACCCAAAUCAAGUUAUUCCAAAUUUAGCUGUGUUUGCUGUUUUUUCAGUCCAAGUUGCAAUCCCCAAAAGAGACUGUGAAUGCUUCGGCCACUCCAACCGCUGCAGUUACAUCGAUCUGCUCAGUACAUUCAUUUGUGUGAGCUGUAAACACAACACUAGAGGGUACCACUGUCAGUUGUGCAGGCUGGGCUUCUACAGAAAUGCUUCUGCAAAGCUGGACGAUGAAAAUGUAUGCAUAGAAUGUAAUUGUAACCGUUUGGGCUCAGUCCAUGAUCGCUGUAAUGAAAAAGGAAUUUGUGAGUGUAAGCAGGGAACAACAGGGACUAAGUGUGAUAAGUGUCUGCGGGGAUAUAACUGGCACAACCUGGGUUGUCAAUCAAACGUAUGUGACAAUGAACUUCAAAUUUGCCAGAAUGGAGGGACAUGCCACAACAAUAUACGCUGCCAGUGCCCGGAAGGCUACACUGGUGUAUUGUGUGAGAAGAGGAAUUGUGAUGUGGAUCCAGAUGGCUGCAGCGAAAGUUCAGGGCAAGGAGCAAUAUCAAUACAAACCCUGCUACUUCUACUACCACCAAUUGCUCCAUUGGGAUUAAGUGGGCUUUUUAUAUUUUAAGCUACGCAGCUUGGGAGACAUCGGCUUCAGACUGCAUUGAGAGGAAGGUGUCCAGAAAAGAAAGAAAAAGAACCAGAUGCAAAUAAGAAUUUUCAAAAUAAGGGGGGGAAUUAUACAAUUUUCACACAUAUAUAUAGACUAAAGAAAAGGCCUGACUGAACUAAGCCAUAUGUAUACCUUGUGGACAACCCAACCAUCCAAGACUGUUACUUCUUGGCUCAAGCUUAAGUGAGACAGCUGCCAAUACUAUUACAACUACUCAACACAACAACAGCUGUAGGCACUUGCGCAGGUUCAAAAAGGCUUGGGUAGCCACCCCCGGAUGGAAAUCCAAGACAGAAACGACAAAAAAAAAACAACCUUGCUCUUUCAAACUGGUGUGCCUCCGUACCUCUUCCCAGUGUGUGGACCAACCAAAUAGAGGCAUUCUUUGCUGUCAGUGCAUUGUGGGUAUAAGGAAAUCUGUUUCAAAGCUGCCAUAUUGGCCUGCUUCAGCCCCUUAAUCCCCUUUUCCAACUGUGCUUUAGUGAACGUUGCUCUGUAACCUUUGUUGGUUGAACGAUCUCUUUGUCUGAUGUAGUAAUGCACAUGUGUACCAGCCCCAACUCAAUAAAUCUCAAGCCGGUCAUAUCCUUGUAUAUCUUAGAAGCACUGUGCCCUGUCGACACAGUGCUCCCCUAUUGUACAAGAGUGGCAGUAGGACAAAAAGAAAGUAUAUUUAUCCUUUUGUAAUCAAAUGAAGUUAUUUUUCUUGACUAACGUAAGGCGUAGAUUUUUUGUAUUAUUGCCAAUUUGUGUUAAUAAUUGAGUAAUGUACUUUAAUCCUAAUCAGAUGGGGGGAGGGGAAGAGAUGAUUUUUAGUUCCUCUUUUGUUUUCCCUUUUUUAUUCAUUUAAUUGUGCAGAGAUUUCUCUGUAUGGGCAACGUGCUGGCAUCAAAGAAUAUCAGUUUACAUAUUAUAGCAAGUGUAAUAACUUACCACCAAAGGACAUUCUAAAUGUUUUCUUGUUGCUUUAACACUGGAAGAUUUAAGAGAAUAAAAAUUCCUGCAUAAACUA